AUGGUCCAUUGUGAAAACAGUACUCCUGUCAAGGAAUUUGUAUUACUAGGGAUACCCCUCUCAUAUCAGUACCAAAUCCCUCUGUUCCUACUGCUUUCUCUGUGCUAUUUAAUAACCAUACUUGGCAAUGCAACAAUUAUUGUGGUCAGCUUGGUCAAUGCCCAGCUUCAUACACCUAUGUAUUUCUUUCUCAGCAACCUUGCCCUAUUGGAUAUCAGCUUUACCUCUGCAAUCGUCCCUAAAGUACUUUUCAAUCUAUUGAGUGGGAGCCAGACUAUCUCUUUCAAUGGCUGCCUUGUGCAAUCUUAUAUCUACUUUCUCCUUGGCACCACAGAAUUUCUGCUACUAGCUGUGAUGUCUUUUGACAGGUAUAUUGCUAUCUGCCAUCCUCUUCGUUAUAGAAACAUAAUGAGCCCAAAGCUUUCAUUUCAGCUGAUCAUUUGCUCUUGGGUUGGUGGCUUUCUGGAUACAAUUGUUCAAACCAUAAUGACAUUCCGAUUGCCAUUUUAUGGCUCCAAUGUUCUCAACCAUUACUUUUGUGAUGUUGCACCACUGUUGAAGCUUGCAUGUGCCAAUACACAUUUAAUUGAUAUGCUGGACUUUAUAUUGGCUUCUUCUUUAGUUCUAGGGUCUUUGUUCCUUUCACUGGUUUCUUACGGCUGCAUCAUUUCUGCUAUUGUGAAAAUCUCAUCUGCUGCUGAUCGAAAGAAAACCUUUUCUACUUGUGCUUCUCAUCUCACCGUGGUCUUCAUAGUCUAUGGGAGCUGUAUAUUUAUGUGCAUCCGUCCUUACAAGAAUUCUAAAGUCGAUUCCACCAAAAUUGUUUCAUUGCUAAACUGCAUUUUGACACCACUUUUAAAUCCUUUUAUCUAUAGUUUUAGGAAUAAUGCUUUCAAGGAUGCAUUGAGGCGCACUAUAAGACAAAGGGGCAUAUUUACUAAAGUAUGA